CAUGACACAUUGUUUGUAAUACACUUAUGCUAAUGAUACAAUAAACAAUAAUCUGCCUACACAUUAUUUGUGCAGAGGCAUCAUCCAUAACGUUAAUACUGCCUAUGUGUUUGUUAUACUACAGCGCUUACAGCACCGGAUAUGAAUGAUAUCAUGCAGGCAAUAAAAUAGCCAUCCUAUUCUUACUCCACAAUUCCAUUUCAGUUCUGCCGUUCACAAGUCAAAAGUGUUGAAAAUUUUCAAGAUCAAGUUUACCUUUUUUUGAUGUUUAGUUUAAAUGAUCAAAAUUUCAAAAAAUUUUAACAAGAACAAUUCGAAACUGUAGUACAAUUCGUCGCAAUUUGACCGUGAAUGAAUUAUUUAGUGGGAUCGUUUAAGAAUUAAUUUCCAGAAUUAAAUAUUCAUUAUGAGUCGCACAGCGUUUAUGAAUGGCAGCGUGCUGAGCCAGGCGGAUUUGUUAGCCAUUUAUCGGGGAGCCCAGCAAAUCGUCUACAAUGUAUAUCUGACAUCCCACGAAGGUGCCAACGAGGACGCUAUUCGCAGACUCAACAUUAAGGCCGUCAUCAAUUGUACAACUAACCUGCCACACAGCAACGUACCAGGAGUAGCAUACUACAGAGUUCCCAUCGAAGACUCCCUGGUAGAAAUGAUUUCAUCAUAUUUCGAACCUGUUGCUGCCAUAAUUGAAGGCUUUGUCAUGAAAGGUCAUCCUGUUCUCAUCCAUUGCCAAGCUGGUGUUUCCAGAUCAGCAACCUGUUUGUUAGCCUACAUGAUGAGCCAUCAUGGAUUGUCCUUAAGAGAUGCAUUCCAAAAGAUGAAGCGAUGUCGUACAUUGGUGGAACCCAAUCCUAGUUUUAUGGAGCAACUCGUCAGCUAUGAAACCUUAUUUCGACCGGAAGGCACGGUUAAACUGACGUACACCAACGGGAUCGCUACCGCCGAUGUGGUAAACGACAAUCCUCAUACGCUGGAACGGGACGUGCUUAAGCGUCAGGAAGAGUGGAGUAUGCGUCUACCGUCGGCUGUACCGACUUUAGGACAGAGCGCAGCAGCUAAACCGUCCGAGGCGACUACCAAAACAGCUCCUUGGACAAAACCAUUGGAUAAUGUGGAGACCUUCAGUCGGUCGCGUUUCACUCGCAGUCGCGCCAAAGAUUACGCCAUGGAUUAUGUCGUAAAUGGGAAAAAAGGAACAAACGGCGCGCAAUCAUUUCUCGCGUGUGCCAUCUCAGUUAUAAUAAAACUUAAUGUGCAUAUCUCAGUGACCUUUUGCAUUUUGUUAUUUUGUUGAUCAUUGUCUGCACGACUUUUGUAGCAUACAAAGCGUUGCAACUAUAGUACCAACGUAUUUCGUAGUAAUACUGUAUACAAUAUAAUAAAUGCCGAAAUAUAAUAUGGAA